CCCUGCAGUGAGACACAAGAGGCCGCUCUUGAGGUGAAAAGGGGAGAAAGCCAGCGCUGUGGUUUCCUUGGUUUGACAGCAGGGGCUUGUUGUACAGCACAAAACAACAAGGAUGAAGAUUUCAAGCGACGAUGCAGCAGCUACAGAGAUAAUCGAGGAGACGUUCAGCUGAAAGGCCAUCAGCUUUAUCUCGAUCUCCCGGUGUGUCCAAACUAAUUUAGCGUCCAGCAACGUUGAUAUCGACUGAACUGCAGAUGAAUGUCUGUGCCUUAAGUGUCCCUGGAUUUGUUGUUGUUAGCUGCUAAUGCUAACCAUAGAAGUUGCGAGCUAGCUGGCCUAGCAAGCUAAUGGUUAAAGCGAGGAAAAGACUUAUAAUGUUUGUUUUACUUGUCCGGGGAGUGAACUCGGCGUUGUUUAGCUAAUGGAGCCAGCUAACAUUAGCUUCAGUAGUUCAAGAAGUGCAGCUUUGGCAAAGCUUUUCAAGUACCAACCGUAGUAGUUAACUUAGCUUGCCAGUUAGCCACUAUCCUUGGAAGAAUGAGUAGAAAACAUCAUCAUUUUAAAGGAGCCGAAGUCAGCUGCUGCGUGAAAUACUUCUUAUUUGGAUUCAACAUUAUAUUCUGGUUACUAGGAGCAGCAUUCUUGGGCAUAGGCCUGUGGGCAUGGGCGGAGAAGGGUGUGCUGUCCAAUCUGUCAUCCAUCACGGACCUAGGGGGCUUCGACCCCGUGUGGCUCUUCAUUGUCGUAGGAGGGGUCAUGUUCAUCCUGGGCUUUGCCGGCUGUAUUGGAGCACUCAGAGAGAACACUCUACUGCUCAAAUUCUUCUCUGUGUUCCUGGGUUUGAUCUUCUUCUUGGAGCUAACUGCGGGGAUCCUUGCCUUCGUCUUUAAAGACUGGAUCAAAGACCAGCUCAACUUCUUCAUAAACAAUAAUGUCAAGGCCUACCGGGAUGACAUUGACUUGCAGAAUCUCAUCGACUUUGCCCAGGAAUAUUGGUCGUGCUGUGGUGCCCACGGGCCCGAUGACUGGAACCUGAAUAUCUACUUCAACUGCACUGAGCUGAACCCCAGCAGGGAGCGCUGUGGAGUCCCCUUCUCCUGCUGUGUCAAAGACCCUGCGGAGGAUGUCAUCAACACGCAGUGUGGUUAUGAUGUUCGGCUUCAAGGGGAGCUGGAUCGGCAGAAAUAUAUCUACACCAAGGGCUGUGUGGGGCAGUUUGAGAAGUGGCUUCAGGACAACCUGAUUAUUGUUGCUGGGAUCUUCGUUGGUAUUGCACUUUUACAGAUUUUUGGCAUCUGCCUCGCUCAAAACCUGGUCAGCGAUGUCAAAGCUGUCAAAGCCAACUGGUGACAGGAGGGGUGAAGUGCGGGAGCCGCACCCCUCAGGCCCCGCCAGGUCAACACAGCACACAAAGCAUCCCGUCCAGCUGUGGACGCAGAGCCAAGAACUCUGUCUACUUUGCUACCAAGCUAAGUAGCACAUACAUACUCACACUUGCAUAUGUGCAGACACAAAGAGUUUACCUCCCUGUUUAUCACUUGAAGGGGGAGAAGAAAAUAUCCCACACAAACCAAGCAGUCAAACACUUUGUUUACCACUCAGCUGGGAUUUUCCUUAAAUAUACAGAGGACGACAGUCCUGCCUACUUCAGAGUUAGUCUUUUUAUCUGUUUCCUCAGAUUUUUUUUUUCUUUGGACAAGUGUAUUUAUGGGGCGCAGUUGCACAAGGACUCCUGUCAGCUGGGAGAUUGGAAGCCAUGGAUGAGAUGACAAAAAAAACAAAAGAAAACAGACAAGUCCUCUUUUUAGGCCAAGCGUUACAUUGUCACAGAGCCACUGUCUGCCCAGCAAGGGAUUGAACAUUUCCGCCUAAAAACAGCCUGUUUUUAACGAGUUUGUCCCCAAUUCCUGCUGUAGAGAAUCGUGGGUGGCUGGCCGCCCGGCCAAUAAACGCAUGGAUUCCUCUGCGUGUCACUUUCUCCAUCGUGACCUUUUAUGACCACUGAUAGACUCUGAACACUGGCUGGUUAAGUCUGUGACUCCAAGUCAUUUCAAACUCAAAAUGUAAAAAGUGCCAUUAAUUUCCAGUGAGUCUCCUUACUGUUCUUUACAUAUAAUUUCUGCACCCUGCCCCAGAAUACCUCAGGGCCUGGCCUAAAAUAUAUGCUUUCUGCUACCGGUUCAAAGCAUAUCUAUUUUUUUCCAUCCAUGUCUGUUGAAUUUAGAUAGACUAACUUAAUGCAGAAAAACACUGACAGUUCCUCGAAAGUCGCCCUGUUUGCCCUGCAGUGAUUGUAUUAUCUGUUGAUUUACUGAAGGAUAUUAUAUUGUAUUAUAUGGAAAGGCCUGGUUAGGAUCGUAGGUCUACGUUACACAGGGAAAAGGGUUACAUAGUAGAUAUUGUUGUUUAUCUCUGAGCAUCCCUCAGGCACAUGGGAUUGCUGGUUUGGGGCCUUUUUACUUGACCUAUGUUACCACAUUUGUCUUACUCUUAUAUUUUGUCAUCUGCAUAUUGAAAUAAGAAAAUAUGUUUGAUGUUUCAUCAUUUCCCGUUAUUUUAUAGACAGAGAUUUUUAUCCUGGGUUCAUUGUUUGACUUUAACUGAGAAAUCGCUUCUUAUUGUUGAUGUUGUUCACAGUCUUAAUGGAGACCAAAUAAUAUCAGCUGGCUACAAGCUAACUGCCAAGGUUUUGUCUGGCUACAAUUCUGACUUUAUUAGGAAUGCUAACGAUAGCAGAUAGCAUUUCUAGGUAGCCAAAAUGUGAAUUUAUUGUCCCUUUAUGUGGGAAGUGCCAGUUUAAAUGAGAAAUCAAACAAAAUGAUAAAUGUUAAAAUAUUGCUUUUAUCUUUUAAUUCAGUGUUGUGUCUUUUGUUUGGACGGUUUUUAAAUAGAAUAGUCAAUACAGCUGUUAUCUUUGAUAUUAGAAAUGGUCCCAAUAUAACAUGAAUGCUGCUUUAACGUUGACUAGUUUAUUGAUGUGUAGUACAGUAACCAAGCUAACAACAUGUCUCACAUGAUGGCAUUUUAACAAUUUGUAAUGUUGUUAUUGUUUCCAGGCUGAGGAAUAAUUCUGAUUUCUCAAGUUUACACUUUUUACUCAGCUUAUGUUGCCCUUUAUUAUAAAAAAAAGUCUUGUCUCACCUUAUAAGUUGUUCAUUUACUUUGAAGAAGUGCAUCUUUUCAUCCUCACAAAAUGGUUCUGAUACAACAGAGUUCACUUGAUGAUUUCAUACAUUAUUGUCUGUAUUUAACCACUACAGCUGUUUAGAUACACAGCACCGGCAGAAUUUGGGUGGGAUUUACUCGACCACACACUUCCUGUAGGAGCAGAUCCAUACACACAUACACACACUCAUUCAGCCAAAUAAAAAAACAAAACAUGUUUUGAAUCGCAACACACACAAGUUGAAAGAUGAGUAGCAUUAUUAUUCUGUGAGCAGUAUACCAAAACUACUUCUUGCGUCACUGAAUCUGUCUGUAGAACAUAUAUAUAGGAACGCAACAUGUAACGGCACCUUAUGAUCGCAUGUCACAUGUUGCUCUCGCCCACACGCUCCCUUUUCAGAACAGUACCUGUUCUGACUGCACCUGUUUCGAAGGCUGUCAUUUUGAUGUAUUUUUAAACUCGGGUGUCGGUUUGAAAAAAAAGACACACGCAGUCAGUCAUUUGAAAUUUAGGCGUUGAAUGUGCGAGUAGAAUAAAUCCAUUGCUUGCAACGUAGCAGCAACAGCACAAUGCGUCUGCAGCAGAGUGACUGAGCACUAAUGACUUCUCUCACUUUAGAUGGAUUGGUUUCUAUAAGAGAAGCUUCAUUCAUUUCAGCGCUUUAGGUGUAAUCAUUCGGCGAGAGCCUCGAGCAAUCGGAAUAGACGGCCUUUCCUUCAGAUCAAACAUAGAAACAUUUACAGGAUAAAAUGCAACUUAAAGGUCUUGUAAAUUCCCACCCAAAGUCGCCACGUUUGCCUGAUGUGACAGAUUUUAUUACUCUUUUUUUUUUUUUUUUUUUUUUCCACCAUCCUGUUAUUCGAAAUGUGCGUGGGCUUCUUUGAUAUCACAAAAUGUUGUAAAUCAAUCACUCCCGCUCAAGUUUAGAAGAUCAGGAUGAAACCAGUGUGUGUUUUUUUUUUUUUCUUCCCAUCCCUCCACACCUUUGGAGUUUAGUUCUUUUUUAAAAAUGUGGGUUGAAACAGAUAAUGUGUGAUUAAUUAGUUCAGCAAAAGCUUUGAAGUGUGUUCAUCUUUUUUAGAAAUCACCCUUAAUUGGAAGUGUUUGCUCAGGGUCUUUAACAUCCCUUACCCUUCAUUUAAAAAAACAAAAAACCCCUCUGCUUAUGCAUGCGAGAAGAUUCUGUCUUGUUCGUGAUAAAAUGGAGGGCUGCUGCCUUUUUGAGGGAUGCUGAAGAUCUGGCUGAAGGCAGACGGAGGCCACGGGUGUCAGUUCUGCUGCAGCAUUGAGCUGCCGCUCUUAAACAAAAAGCUCUCCCGCUCUCUGCAGCCACAGCCUUAUCUGGAUGGAUAUGCCAAUAAUCAGACAGUCACCUUGGUAAUAAGGACAAUAAUGCCAUAAUAAUCUGUAGCAGCGUGGCAGGACUUUAAUAUGCAGACUCUACAAAGGUGACUCACAGGUUUAUUUUAACAGCUUUUGGUUGUUCUGGUUUUGUAUUCCUUUUAUUGUAGGGGAAAUGGGAGGGAAGAGAACAAUGCUAAUUAGCUUUGUCCUUUAUCAUAAUGGCCUUGCAUCAUGAAACACCCUCUUAAUUUCUCCGCUUUCCCCUGUAGGCAGUUAAAUCAUUCCCGAGGAGGAGCCUUAUGCAUACCAUGAAUGUAUAAGUCAGUAUCAGCAUGGACCUACCGCUCUACGCUUAGUUAGAAAUUCUCUUUACCCUUAUGCAGCGCAAUGCACAACAGAGAUGAAGUCAGGAAUGUGAAUGAAGAGUCGUCUUUAGCGACGUUUUAGAUGUUAUUCUGGUUUUUACAUUUUUAAAAUGUUCUAUUAGUGAGCAUGAAAGCAGAUGAGCAUUCCAUUUCUUCUGUUUCCAGGCGUGUGUGCAGACGUACGUGGACAUUUUAUAUGCAAAAGCAUUUUUAAUCACCAGAAACAACCAGUUACAGUCUUUUAAUGUCUCUUCAAUAGCUGCAAACAUGAUGGAUGAUUCUAAAUAUCAUUAAAAAUCAUCACUUCUGUUCAGAUUUUAUUGAUAUAAAACUUCUUUUUUUUGCAACAUGUGCAUUUAUAAAUGAUUUGACUGAACUUCUUUAAAUUUACUUUACACAUAUAAUAGAAAGCGAGUGUCAUUGUGACUGAUAAUAUGACCUGUGAUUUUUUUUUUUUCAAGCUUUUGAAGUCAGCUAAUAUCUUAAGGCAGUUCUGUUGAUAUUUCUCACAAACGUGGGCGACACUUCAGACGUUCACAAGUCUUACCUCAUCGUGUGCGGACGCUGGCCGCAUCAGAGCACAGCAGAAGCAGAGUAAUUGACUUGUUUGUGACCGUAUUAACAGCAAUAUCACAGUUGUUAGCACUGACAUUUCCAUGCCAGGUCAUGACAUUUGAUCAAGACACAAGUGUGAUCUGACUGGAAUGACAAGUUGAUGAUGGGUGUUACAGAUUUGCUCACAGUUAAGGAGUAUGGAUACAGUAAUACAUGAUCUUUUAGCCACACAGAAACCACUAUAAAUGUCUUUGUUGAACUGGGACACAAACGGUUUUCCUCAGUUUUACUUGCAGUAUGUCAGUCUUCAACAGAAACAAGCUGAUAUCUAUCUAUUCUCUCAGUUUAGACCUGCCUAUUCUGAUGGGUAGCCUUGUAAAGAAAUGUUGUAAAUAAGUAUGAAAACUGUGGGACAUGGUCUGUUACACUGUAUAUUGUGUUAAAAUAUGCCUCUUUCAUAUAUUAAAGGAUUUAUGAUAACAAGA